UCAUGCUGCUGCCAGGUCCAGAGUGUGUCAUGGGUCCCUGUCCAGAGUUGUCAUGGGUCCCCUGGUACGGCCCUCCCAUUGCUGCUGUCUCCAUCGCCACACUCUGCCAAGUUCCACUUUCAGGUCUCCUCACACUGCUGGUGGUUCCAUUUGUCAUAGGUGCAGGUGGCAGAUUACGGGCCUCCCAUUGCUGCUGCCCAGGCCCGUAAUCUGCCAUGGGCCCCUGUACCGACUCCUCAUGCUGCUGCCAGGCCCGUAAUCUGUCAUGGGCCCCUUACCGCCUCCUCAGCUGCUG